UGUGCCAGGUGGCAACGUCUUUCACAAACAAAACAAAAUAACAUGGAUGGAAACACAAAAAUUUUAGUUGUGGGAGAUGUGCGCGGACGAUUCAAGCAAUUAUUUAGCAGAGUGGAGCAGGUGAACAAAAAAGCGGGACCAUUUGAAAUUUUGUGUUGUGUCGGCGACUUUUUUGGCGGGGAUAAACAAAACGAGGAAUUGAUUGCAUACAAAAAUGGAUUCAAGCACAUAACUGUGCCCACCUACAUACUUGGCCCCAAUAAAGCGGAAGACAACAAACACUUUGAGAAUUUGGCGGAUGGCGAAGUCUGCACAAAUUUGACUUAUCUGGGAAAACGUGGAGUUUAUACGCUGAGCAGCGGUGUAAAAAUUGCAUAUUUAAGCGGAGUGGAAGCUACGGGUAAUAUUGCCGGACAGCAUGAGUUUAACAAAGCUGAUAUUCAGGCUCUGCGGAAUUCCUGCCUCGUUUCAAAAAACUGUGCUACGGAUUACAGAGGAGUCGAUGUAUUGUUGACAUCCCAAUGGCCUUAUGGCAUGCAGGAGAAAGAGAACGAAAAGGCUUCUAAGCUGAUAUCGUUUCUCUGUCGCGAGAUUAAACCACGUUAUCAUUUCUGUGCCAUUAAUGGAACUUAUUUCGAGUGUCAACCGUUUCGCAUGCCAAAAGAUGACACCACACAGUUUGAGCUGUGCACACGUUUCAUCUCCCUGGCGGAUGUUGGCAACUCUGAAAAGGCGAAAUACAUUUACGCGCUCAGUUUGAAACCUGUGGAUAAGGCGCGUCUUCUAGAUCUUGUGCAGAAGACGACUAACGAAAUUCCCUGUCCCUAUAUAGGCUUGGAUAUGAGCGGCGUUGUUAAAAAGAACGAAACUUCGGAAAGUCAACAGUUCUUCUUUGACAUGGAUGCUAGCGGAAAUCGCAAGAGACGUAAUCCGGCUGGCAAUCAUGAUAAACGUCCCAGGAUAAUGCAGAUUGAUCAGGACAAUUGUUGGUUCUGCUUAUCCUCGGAAAAAGUCGAAAAACAUCUUAUUAUCACAGUGGGCGAGCGAUUUUAUCUGGCACUGGCUAAAGGACCAAUUAAUAGUCAUCAUGUUCUCAUACUCUCCACAAAACAUGUUCCCUGCUCGGCUCAACUAAGCCCCGAGGAAUGGGAAGAGUUGGACAAAUUCAAGAGUGCUUUAAAGAAGCUAUUCAAGAGUCUAGGACAAGUUGUGUGUUUCACAGAACGUCAUUAUAAGACCUCACAUCUGGUUAUAGAUGUCCUGGCUUUUGAGGAAGGAUACGCUUGGAAAAUCAAACACAGCUUUGAAGAUAAAGCGGAGGAAUUUAAUCUGGAAUUUGAAACGUUGCCGGCUUUGACUUCCUCCAAAAUGCUGCCAGAAAUGGGACCCUAUUUUCUUGCCGAACUUCCCGAUGACAGCACCUUAAUAACGCGACAGAUGAAACACUUUCCACUGCACUUUGCGAGGGAUGUUUUCUGUGCUGAGAACUUGCUAAAUUGUGAUGAGAAGGUGAAUUGGAAAGACUGUCUGCUGGACAAAGAGGAGGAAACGGCAUAUGUGGAAGAAUUUCGAAAGACCUUUGCACCCUUUGACUUUACAGAUGACGAUGAUGAUGAUGAUGAUGAUUAAAACAAAACAAGUGCAAUUUCCAAAGUAUAUAAGGUCCAUUGUACUUCAUUAACACACCAAUAAUACACGCAUACAAUUCUGUUAAAUACUA